AUGCCAUUGAACCUUUCUGCUACUCUAUUGGACGAUAUUUCCCGUUUAUAUAUUGAUGCAGAUGAUUAUAACGUUAUUAUCACUGCCGGACAAGGCGAUGAUGCUAGAGUUUUUAAAGCGCAUACGGUGAUUUUACGAUCGAGAUCUUCUUAUUUCAGAGUUGCGUUAUCGUCUAAUUGGGCCAAGAAAAUACCGUCACAAUAUAAUCAUGAAUUUAACACACAAUGUGAUGCAUUAUAUUUUAAUAAACCUAAUAUUUCACCAAAGGUCUUCGAUAUUAUCUUAAAAUACAUCUACACUGGAACGUGUUCCCUCGAAGAAAAUGAUAUUCUUCUUGAUAUAUUGAUCGCUUCAGAUGAAUUUGGACUCUUUGAAUUAGUCAAUUACGUUCAAGAGCAUAUUAUUUCUGACGAGACCGGAUGGUUGCACGAGAAUCUUGUCAAAGUCUUUAAAGUUGCAUUAAGGCAUGAUGAAUUUCAUCUACUUCGAGAGCAUUGUGGUGAACUUAUUAGUAAACAACCUGAAUUACUUUUUAAUUCAAAGGAUUUUGUUACGUUGGAAAAAUCUUGUAUGAUAUUUGUCUUAAAAAGAGAUGAUAUCGCCAUGGGAGAAAUUGACAUUUGGGACCAUAUGAUUAGGUGGGGAAUAGAACAACAUCCGCAACUUAAUCCUGAUAUUUCAAAUUGGACUCGUCAACAUUACGAUACCUUACAUAUAAGAUUAAAAGAACUUUUACCAUUAAUCCGAUAUUUCGACGUACCUGAGGAUAAAUUCUAUGAUAAAAUUUGGCCAUUCAAAAAAUUUCUUCCAAGAAAUCUUAAACAAUCAUUAACAAGAUUUUACAUCGUGCCUGGAAUUAAGCCACCCUCAUGUGCAUUAUCACCAAGAAUCGCACAGUAUUCGCCAAAAUCUAAAUUAGGAUUUACCGGCUUACACGCUGCUCUUAUCGCUAAUUGGAUUAAUCACGAAGACAACGAAAUACCGACCACAAGCUCAAAUAUCUCUCAUGAAUUUAAACUUUUGCUUCGUGGUAGUAGAGACGGUAGAGGUGUUAUAACUUUUCAUGAGCUUUGCGAUUUUAAAGGUGCCACAAUAGUUUUGAUCAAAGUUAUGGGAACAGGAGAACUUAUUGGCGGAUAUAAUCCAAACUCUUGGACAUCAUCGGAUAGAUAUAUUCGAACUACCGAAAGUUUUAUAUUCUCUCUUGGGAAUAAUGCACAAGAUCCAAGUAAUUAUAUUUUGAGUAGAGUUAGAUUUGCAGAUUUCGCGAUAAGAGAUUCUUCGACAGUUAACACUUCUAUUGGAUUUGGAAACGAUUUUUGGUGGUUCGAGGGAAAAUGUGUGCAUUUUAAUUAUAACAAAAAAAUACUUGAUACGCGGCAAUUUUUUUCUAUUGAGGAUUAUGAAGUGUUUCAAGUUGUUAAGAAGGAAUAA